AUGUCCACCACUCCCAUCACGCCCGACCUCUUCCACGAAUUUUUUCCCGACUUGGCCGAAAAAGCGUCGACGGUUUGUGUUGACAUGGGUAUUAGUACCGUGGGUGUGCUCGAGGCGGCCCUCGAGGACAAGGAGCUGACCGACGAACUAUUGAGAAGGUGUGCAGAUGGGGGACCCGACGGAGAGUCCGACACAACCACUAUGACGGAGGUAGCUGAUGCGAAGUCUACCAGCCCAUCCUCAAAAAGUCCCGGUACUGCCAGCGAAGUCGUCGACGCCAACAAUAACCGCGGUGGUGGUGGUGACGGUGUCGUCGUGGUCGAGAUAUUCUCAAAGCUGAGGAAGGCUCGGUUCAAAGCCGUGUUCAUUACGGUGGUCAAAAAGAUGAAAAAUCAAUCUGAGCUAACCGUAGGCGACAAAGGGUGGUCGGUCUUCGCUGCUCGCUGUAUGCAGGCAUUGGGACAUAUUCCGAGUGACCAUCUAUGCCCUCCUAUCCCUAUGGUCGACCGCCUACGGCAUGACCCUCUUCAGUAUAUAGAGCUUAAGGUAUACGAUACCGGCGCUCGGAAUGCCGCCAUACCCUUUGAGACCAGGUCGGGUGAGAAGAACCGAACCACUGCCGCCAAGAGCCGCAACCCCAAGGAUUGCUUUGAAUGGUUGAUGUGUGUGCAGCAGUGGGUUGUAUGCAUCACAGUCUUCUCUGGGUGCGAUUUCCUUGCUGGCCAGGAUUAUCUGAGCCGGUUGCUUUGGUUAGCGAGGUCCCGUUCGUUUGAGGCAGCAGUCGAGUAUGAUAAGGGUUACAGGUUAGCCUUGCCACAAGGAGUUACCCGCCUGCGGGACACGGACCCUUCUCUCCAAGUCGACUCUGCCCUCGGUACCUACUUGAGAUCUAAUCAGUCUCACGAGUUGAUAGCCGUGGCCUUGGCUAAGCCGGCUGUAAGCCACUCUGGCAUACCCAGGCCACCUUCGGGCAAGGGUAUACGUAGACAAGGGAGUACUAUGCAGUUUGGUGCUGACACUUGUCGUUUCACUCGCCAAUCCUGUCCCUUUGGUAGGGAUUGCCGUUAUCGUAAACAUUUCGGCGACCCCCAAGCCAAGCCCUAUUGGCAAAACGGUCUAGAUGGGGACAAGGACAGGAGCCCCGGGCCGGAUAAACGCCCUAGGACUGGGCCGGUGAAAGAUGAACCAUCGAGGAAAAACCCUAAGAGCCAGUAG